ANAAAAAAAAAAAAGUUAUAUGAAUAUCACACUAACUCAAAAGACAGAGUUGUUAGAAAAGCAAAAGUAAUAUAUCUACCAAUGGCCAACAAGCUCAAAACCACCACCGACAUUAUCCACCGUCUCAUGGUAGCCGCUGUCCUAGCGGCGGCCCUGCCUGGCGCGGCGGCGCAGUCCCCGGCGUUGGCUCCGGGGCUGCCGGACGCCACGGCUCCUUCCCCGGGGCUCGACUGCUUCACUUACCUAAUAAAGCUUUCGGAUUGCCUGACGUUUGUGGAGGGCGGGAGCAACUUGACCCGGCCCGACCCGGGAUGCUGCUCGGAGCUGGGUAACUUGGUGGACACGCAGCCGAUCUGCUUAUGUCAGCUGCUGGGGAACCCGGGUCAGGUCGGUUUUCCUGUUGACGUCAGCAGGGCACUUAGGCUGCCCUCUGUUUGCAAUGUCACCACCCCUCCGGUUAGCCUCUGUGCGGCUGUAGGUGUUCCUGUAGGAGCUCUUGCACCAAGUGAGGCCCCUUCAUAUGGUGGUGGGUCAGUAGCAGCAAGCCCAACUCCAGGAGAUGGACAAAAUGGAGGCUCAAGCAAUUUAGGCUGUAGCUUUAAGUCCCUCAUUGGAUUUGCAGCUCUUGUUAUCAUAUAUUCUUUUUAAUCUAUUUAAUGUUUUCCUAAUUUCAUAUACUCAUGAUAUCUUUAGUUUUCAUAAUUUCCUUCAUUUAUAUUUGUUAGCUAGAUGUGGUAUGUUCAGCCAUUCUCAGUAUUAUUAUGACCUUUUGAGUUUGAUUCACAUUUGAAAUUUUGUUCUGAUUUUUAUUCUCUAGAAUAAGAUGAAUUAAAAUAAAAGUAAAAGGACACAACUG